GUGUGCCACUGCCUCUGCGCGCACGCAGUUUCAGUCCUAAUCUGAGGACGAGCUGGACUCCCGGAUCGAAGACCGAUUUCAGGCUGGCUGUGAUCGGUCUCUGCUUCUGAAAUAAAUUAAAUUAGUUCAUAUAGUGAAAUGUAAAAACCUCCGUUGUGCACGCGUCCUCCCUUAGAAGCCACCAGCGCGGUUUGUUUUCUUUUUUUUUCUUUUCUUUUGGUUAAUCCGUUUGUCUGCUGUGCGAAUUGAGCUGCCCGGGUAAUCUCUAUGAAUGUGUCGGCGACUUGAGUGAAUGGAGCACUGGGCUGCUGGUAACUAUUCAGACUGUGAAAGCCCUGCCGCUGAGGAUGGAGAGAGCCAGCGUUUAGGUUUAGUUCAGCCGUCUGAAGGCGAGAAGAGAGUUUGGAGCCAUUUCUGCGAGAGCGACAUCCGCACUUAAAAUAAAUAGACCAACUUAACUGUCGCCGUCGACUCGAUGCUGCUGGAAGCCGCUGGGCUGGAGGAGUGAGGAGAUGCGGGGUGUAACAUGGAUAUACGAGAAGGAAACAACAAACACCGAAGGGGAUGCAUCAAGGAGAACAGUGAAAGUGCUGGAAAGGACAAAGCCCGGAUUCUCCACACCUGUGAUUGGAUGUGAGCUUUUAUUGACCCGAGACCAUUAAAAUGGAGUUGCUAUGGAAACUUGCACUGCUGCUGUCAUUGGUGGAGUGUCUUGCAGGAAGCGGAGUCCUACUGAGGCCCAUGUUCACCAAACAGCCUGGCAGUGUGGUGUUUCCCAUUCAGCCUGGUGAGAAUCGCAGAGAGGUGGUGUUUAGCUGUGAGGCCCAAGGACACCCACCGCCCUUCUACAGGUGGAAGCUGAAUGACUCUUUCAUCCUGCCCAGGCCAGGGUCACGGUACUCUCUCAUGGGAGGAAACUUGCACAUCAGCCAUCUGAAUAAAGAUGAAGAUGUUGGCAUCUACCAGUGUCUGGCUUCAAACUCUUUUGGCACCAUCGUCAGCAGAGAGGCCAGUCUCCACGUUGCAUACUUGGAGAAUUUCAAGACCCAGAGAAGAAACCCGGUGAGGGUUCGUGAAGGUCAAGGAGUGGUCUUACUGUGUGGCCCUCCUCCCCACUCUGGAGAACUGACCUUCACGUGGAUCUUCAACGAGUACCCGUCAUUUGUCGUCCAGGACACGCGGCGUUUCGUGUCCCAGAAGACGGGCAACCUGUUCAUCGCAAAAGUGGAACCCUCUGACGUGGGGAACUACACUUGUGUGGUCACUAACACGGUCACCAAAAGCAGUGUUCAAGGACCACCCACACCUCUUGUCCUGCGAGUUGACGGUGUAAUGGGCGAAUACGAGCCAAAGAUCGAAGUGCAGUUCCCUGAAGUUGUCCCUGUCGCUAAGAGCUCAACUGUCAAACUGGAAUGUUUCGCUCUUGGAAACCCAGUGCCGACCAUCAGCUGGAGAAGAGUGGAUGGAGCCUCCUUUGGCAGGAAGGUGGACAUAAAUAAAGCCAGUGGAGUUCUAGAGAUCCCUUACUUCCAGCAGGAGGAUGCGGGGAUAUACGAAUGCGUGGCUGAAAACAGCAGAGGACGGAACUCAGUGAAAGGAAAGCUUUCUUUCUACGCCGCACCGCACUUGAUGGACAAGCCUCAGGACGUUCAGAAGACCAUCGAUGACACUCUGGUGUGGGAAUGCAAAGCCAGCGCCAAGCCCAAGCCCUCAUACCGCUGGCUUAAGAACGGGGAAGCGCUGGAUCCCAUGGAGCAGGACAGGGUUCAGGUGAAUAACGGAGCGCUGACCAUCAGUAGCUUGAACCUGGCUGACAUUGGCAUGUACCAGUGUGUGGCGGAGAACAAGCACGGCCGCAUCUUCACCAACGCUGAGCUACGUGUCAUAGCCAUCGCUCCAGACUUCUCCCAGAACUCGUUGAAGGCCCAAACCUUGGCCCGACAGGCUGGCGACGUACUAAUCGAAUGCAAGCCCAGGAUGUCUCCUCGGGGUGUGAUUUCGUGGAGAAAGGGGAAAGAAGCCCUGAGAGAGAGCCACAGGGUCAUGGUGUUGGAUAACGGGAGCCUACGGAUUUCCAAUGUGUCUAAAAUGGAUGCUGGGCUCUACACGUGCGUCGCCAGGAACCAGUUUGGAGUGGCAAGCAGUGCUGGCAGCCUGUUGGUUAAAGAGGCAACUAUCAUCACGAGCCCAGCAGGUCAUCUGGACGUGACGGUGGGCGAGAGCAUCGUGCUGCCCUGUCAGGUAUCGCACGACCCGACGCUGGAUCUCAAGUUCACUUGGUUCUUCAACGAGCAGCUCAUCCACUUCGGAAGCCACGGGGCGUAUUUCGAAAAAGUCGGCGGGCGGUCGGAUGGCGACAUCAUGAUCCGGAACAUUCAGCUGAGGCAUGCUGGAAAAUACACCUGCGCCGUUCAGACCAAAGUGGACAGUGUGUCUAUUGCUACUGAUGUGGUUGUCAGAGGUCCUCCAGGCCCCCCAGUGGACUGUCGUGUGACUGAGAUGACAGAGACGACUGCGUCUCUGUCCUGGGGACCUGGGAUGGACAACCACAGCCCCGUCGUCAGCUACGCCAUCCAGGCCAGAACACCCUUCUCUCUCGGCUGGCAAGCCGUCACCACCGUUCCUGAGCUGCUCGGGGGGAAGCAGCUGUCAGCCACUGUCAUCGACUUGAGUCCCUGGGUGGAGUAUGAGUUCAGAGUCUUGGCAACCAACGGCAUCGGAACGGGAGAGCCCAGCAAACCCUCCAAAAAGGCCCGCACCAAGGAAAUGCGGUUUGAUCUAAUAGUUCCCAGGGUGACUCCAGCCAGGGUGAAUGGCGGAGGUGGAGGACGGUCAGAGCUGGUCAUAACCUGGGAGCCUGUCCCUGAGGAGCUGCAGAGCGGCCCGGGCUUUGGAUACGUGGUGGCUUUCCGCCCACUCGGGGCGCCGGGCUGGAUGCAGGCGGCUGUCACGUCCCCAGAUGCUUCCAGAUAUGUCUUCAAGAAUGAGAGCAUCCCUCCCUUCUCCCCUUACCAAGUCAAAGUAGGGGUUUAUAACAACAAGGGAGAGGGCCCUUUCAGUCCCGUCACCACCAUCUACUCAGCAGAGGAAGAGCCCAGCAGAGCUCCGGGGAGGGUGAGGGCGAGGAGCGUGUCAGCGUCCGAGGUAGAGGUCACCUGGAAGCCGCUGGCCUGGAGCAACAACCGCAGACGCAUCCUAGGCUAUGAGUUGCAGUACUGGGGUGAGAAGGAAAAGCAGGAAGCAGCCAGCGUGAUAAGGACGGUGGGGAAUAAAACGUCAGUACUCAUCAGGGAUCUGGAAGGCAGCAGUACCUAUUACAUGUCCCUGCGGGCUUAUAACAGCGCCGGAGUGGGCCCACAGAGCGGCAUAGUCAAUGUCACCACCAAGAAACCACCUCCCAGCCAGGCUCCGGUCAAAAUCAUGUGGAACACUUCCAACUCCAAGGUCAUCCUGAGGUGGGACCAGGUGCAUGCGCUGGAGAAUGAGUCAGAAGUCACGGGAUAUAAGGUGAUGUACAGCCAGGACAAACACAGCCGCCCCAGCGUGGUGGAGACCAAGAACACCUCCUUGGAGUUGUCCCUGCCGGUCAACCAAGGAUACGUGAUCCAGAUUAAACCCUUCAGCGAGGGAGGGGAGGGCAUCAGCAGCCGCCAGAUUACUAUCCCCAAGAUGGCAGGCUCUAUAGCUAUUGGAGCAGCCCCGGGAUCCUCGGCGCUCCCCUUGGCCAACCUCGCUGCCCUGAUCCUCACAGCCAGAACGAUACUAUGACAAACAGGAACCGUGCUAAUUAAGAGGAGGAACAGCGGGUCAGAGACAACAAGGGGCUGACAGCCACAUUUGCACCUGCUUGCCUUCCUCCCUGCCCCACUGCGUCUCUCCUCUCUGCAAAGAUCUCUUUGGGAGGAAAGUUCUUUUCCGCCUCCUUUCUAAAGUAGUGCUACCAAGGAGAAAGGAAGCGGCUCUUUAACAAGUUGUUCUUCAUAAAGUGGAAGGACACUAUGCCUGAACAGUGGUCUCUUUGAAGAGUUUUUUUUUUGUCCUCCUCUCGUAUUCUCAUAUGGUUUUCACCUUGGAAGGGGCCACAAUGCGAUGUGUACUACUGUGUAUGUUUUCUCUUUUGGACUGUGCAGGCUCUCUUACUCUUAGGCCGCUGGACUCUUUUUUUGGAGUGAGACUUGACACUGGGACUUGCAUAUUUAUGGGAUUUAGGUUGUAUUUAAGCUUUCCUAGGGGCAGGAAGCCAUUUCCAUGCUCUUUUUUUGGAAAUGACUUUGGGAAACCCCCUUCGCUGCCUAAGAAGCAACUGUUAUCCUCCCUGUCAUUUAAAAAAAAAACAAAAAAACAAAAAAAACAGAAACGAACGGGGAGCUGAGCCUCAUUGCUUUGAAAUCGAUAAGAAUUCGAGACCUUUGUAACUUUGCCUGGAUUUUAUUCGUGCUUUUUCAUUACAUCCGAACCUCGGAGUUGCCAAGAAAACUUACGGGAACCAAAAGGAGCGGGCGGGGCCGACAUUACCACCUGUCGCAUCAUCGUGAGAAAACGUGUAUUUCUCUCCAGUAUGGCUUCCAGUGUAAACAGCAGACAUGUGUUGAUUAAUAAUUGAUGUCUUUCCUUCCCCUUUCAUCCGUGAUGAGCGUAAAACAGGGGCACGCUGAGCUGAAUUGUUGUACACCGUAUGUCUGAAAUCCUCAGGUCCCAACUGAGCCUUAAGUCCUAUGAUUCUGAUCCAUGUCGUUAGAGCGUUUAUUUAUUUUCCUUCUCGGUUUGCCCACAUUGUACUUUGGCUCGCUCAUACCGUUUUGAGGUCGUAUCUUUGAGCGUUUUCGGCUCAAGUGCAACGUCCUUCUCUGAAGUCCUUCAUGAUGAGCAUUGUAAUACAGUAAGAGGCAGUGGUUACUUACUUUUCUAACAUGGCUUACUACAAAAUGGGGACGUGUUUUACUGUCAGCUGCUGUUUGGCAUGAGAUCGAUCGGUGUCUGUGCGUACGCUGCUGAAUGGAUCAACCUGCUUUUAAUAAACAUAAUGCCAUUUUCCUCA